CGUCGCCGCGGUGACCGUCCUCGGAGUCCGUCGGCUCGCGCCCCGCCCCCGUUCGUGCUGCCCCCUCCCCUGUCGCUGGCGGGGAGUGUUUCUCGCUCCUCCCGGUUGCUGCCGCCGUCGCCGCCGCUCCUCCUCUCCCAGUCUUGGGUUUCCCUGGCGCUGCUGCCGCCACUGCCUCUGCGGUCUGUAUGAGGAGGAGGAGGAUGUGAAGAUGGCGGAGCUGCAGAUGCUGCUGGAGGAGGAAAUCCCGGGGGGCCGCCGGGCCCUCUUCGACAGUUACACGAAUCUGGAACGGGUGGCCGAUUACUGCGAGAACAACUACAUCCAGUCAGCAGAUAAGCAGCGAGCCCUGGAAGAAACCAAAGCCUACACCACCCAGUCCUUAGCAAGUGUUGCCUAUCUGAUAAAUACCUUGGCCAACAAUGUCCUGCAGAUGCUGGAUAUCCAGGCGUCCCAACUUCGAAGGAUGGAGUCUUCAAUCAAUCAUAUUUCACAAACCGUUGAUAUUCAUAAAGAGAAAGUUGCAAGAAGAGAAAUUGGUAUUUUGACUACCAAUAAAAACACUUCAAGGACACAUAAGAUUAUUGCUCCAGCCAACCUUGAAAGACCAGUUCGUUAUAUUAGAAAACCUAUUGACUAUACAAUUCUAGAUGAUAUUGGACAUGGAGUAAAGGUGAGUACCCAGAACAUGAAGAUGGGUGGGCUCCCGCGUACAACACCUCCAACUCAGAAACCCCCCAGUCCCCCUCUGUCAGGGAAAGGGACGCUUGGGCGGCACUCCCCCUAUCGCACACUGGAGCCAGUGCGCCCUCCAGUGGUACCAAAUGAUUACGUACCUAGCCCAGCCCGUACUAUGGCUCCCUCGCAGCAGAGCCCUGUGAGGACAGCUUCUGUGAAUCAAAGAAAUCGAACUUACAGCAGCAGCGGGAGUAGCGGAGGAAGCCACCCUAGUAGUCGGAGCAGCAGUCGGGAGAACAGUGGAAGUGGGAGUGUGGGGGUCCCCAUUGCUGUCCCUACUCCUUCUCCUCCCAGUGUCUUUCCAGGUCAUCCUGUUCAGUUCUACAGCAUGAAUAGACCUGCCACUCGCCAUACUCCCCCAACAAUAGGGGGCUCUUUGCCCUAUAGGCGCCCUCCUUCCAUAACUUCACAAACAAGCCUUCAGAAUCAGAUGAACGGAGGACCUUUUUAUAGCCAGAACCCAGUAUCUCUUGCUCCUCCUCCUCCCUCCAUCCUACAGGUAACUCCUCAGUUACCUUUAAUGGGAUUUGUGGCCAGAGUCCAAGAAAAUAUUUCAGAUGCACCACCUCCACCACCACCUGUGGAAGAACCAGUCUUUGAUGAAUCCCCACCACCACCUCCUCCUCCAGAAGAUUACGAAGAGGAAGAGGCAGCCGUGGUUGAGUAUAGUGAUCCUUAUGCUGAAGAGGACCCACCGUGGGCUCCAAGGUCUUACUUGGAAAAGGUUGUGGCAAUUUAUGAUUAUACAAAAGACAAGGAAGAUGAGCUGUCCUUUCAGGAAGGAGCCAUUAUUUAUGUCAUCAAGAAGAAUGACGAUGAUUCAGUGGAGUUUGGAAGACAGAUGGCUUUAAUCAUCUCUUCUGUAAUCAGUAUAAGAAAUAUUGAAAAAUAUCCAGGAGGCCUUGCUGCUCAGCAGGUGAAUACUGUGAUGAUAAACCAGCUCACGGGCCAAAGCUACCGUGGGUCCUUAUCAGUCCCAGCGACUUGGCCAGAAGAGAGCUUUGCCAGGUGACUUCCCAGUGCUGGGGGAAAGGUGAGAGGCGGUAGGCUGCAUAUAUUUCAAACACAGGCCUUGAACAUAAUAGGUAGUGCAGAGAGAGGAACUUGAUUGGAAAAUGAACAAGUGUAGUAGGUGUGAGGGAGUUCAGAUGGUGUUGGCAGAGUUAAUAUCCCACCUGUGAAUCUGUUAUCAGAGCAGAAAACUUACCACCAUUUAACUGAGACCCAGGUACAGUGUUUCGUAUCAAGAUUUUUGUUUUAUGGUUGCAGGCUUUUUUUCUCACACGCUGCAAGUUAGCUCUUUUUAGAUUUCUCCAGCACUUUGAAUUUAGUUUUCGUUAACUUGCCUCCAGUACACGUUACACUUCAUGCUUUGUUAGGUCACCUUGACACCCUUUCUUCCCUGUCUUCCUUCAAAGUAAUGGCCCUUGAGUGUCCUCUGAGCCUUCAGCUUCAUUACGGCUGCAACCAAGACUAUACGUGGAGAGGUUAAACUCUUCUUAGUGUUGGUGUGUAACUAGGAAAACUGUUUUGAAAUUAGAUGUUCAGAGUUAUUUAAAUAGCUUUUCGCUGAGAAAACUUACUGGAGUAAUAAGGCAGAGGGUACUUUUGAAAUCCAAUAAAUAGUGCCCACAGCUCACACCUACAGAAGCCCAGAAGACAAUUGUGCAAAAGGAGUUGGUGGUGGUCAGCUUGCUUGUUGGACCCCUGCUGGAUUGGGGAACCGAGAAGACGUCAGUGAAGUCCUUCAGACUGAAGACCUGCCGCAGAGGGAUCCAUGGGUCAGCUGAUUUUUCCUUUAUUUUUUAGUACUAACGUGUGUGAUUUUUUUGUUUUAAAAAUAACACCUGUUGGAUUUUCUGCAUAUUUUAAAUUUUUGUAUAGUUUUGAAUUCUAUAUAUCGUUUUGGAAGGAUACUGUGUAAUGAUGGGCCAGGCCUAAAGUCAUUGGAGACUUUUAAUGUAUGUAACAUUUCAUAGAUUGCAUGCUAUUAAUAGUAUGUGAGGGUAGUAUUUGUUUUAUUAUAAGUUUCCCCCAUUUAUCUUUUUAUACACUACAAGAUGGUUGGUAGUAGGAAUUCUAAAUGAGUGCAGAAAUCUUAACAUGCUACAUCAUAUUGUGGCAAAGAUGAUCCAAGUCUAAAAUCUGCUGACCAGUAAGCAACCAUUUUAUCAGGCUAGAGGGAAUCUUUUUCCUCUUGAAGUGUUUUUGACUUGUGUCCACAACCUUUUUCCUUAAAAAAAAAAAAAGGAGGGGGGGUUGAGUUAAGAGUUUGUUCCCUUUUUUAAAGUAUUACUAUUUGAAAGGCCAUAGGGAUGUAAAUGAAAAUAUACUUCCUUGUUGACAUCAUGGCCUAGGCAAUAAAUUGAAAACCAAAAGUGUCAAUGUGUCAAAAUCUAGACUUCAGAGAUUCAGCCUGCUGUGUUUGAAAUACAUAUGAAACCUUUAAGAUGUCUUGUUCAGUGUUUCCCAUCUUUUGGCUACUUGCUUUCUACCUUCUCCAGGGGCACGUGCUGUUCCUACAGUAGGGUUAAGGGCCCGCUACUCUUGCUGCAUUCCUAAGAGUCACUGGGUGAGACAUUUUCAUCCCUCCCUCCCUUUUUCCCCUCCUGCCGCUGUUUGUUACUCAGCUAGAGAGACUGUUUUAUGUGUCUUCACAGUGGUCUCUGUAAUGUAGCUGUGCUCCUCAGCAGUCUCUUGGUAUUACUGGAUUUUUCUGUUUGAGAGGCAUCAAAAUGAUAGUAGUUUGCUUUUAUCCUAUAUGCUCAUUUGCUUUUAGCAGGUGACCUUUCUGCGUUAAGAACUGGUACUUUGGUACUUUCUUACCACCUUUUCUCCUCCGUGGAGACAGCAUGGCAUGUCCUGAAGGCCACCUCUCCUUUUGAAAAGUGUUUGAUGGAGGAACUGGCAGGUGGUCGCUACGUCUUGGAAAAGAGUGGGGAUCUGCAUCACUUCCCAUCUGUUCACUUCUGAACUUCUUUGGCCAGGAACUCCUGAUCAGUGUUACGGCGAUGAUUUCCCUCACAUGAUUUCCUAGAGUCAUAGAAUUUUAGAGCUAGAUGAGAUUUCAGAAAUUUUAGUUCAAUCCCAUUUUACUGAUGAGGUUUAUUUAGAUGUUUCCUUUUCAAAUAACAGCUAGUUAACAAAGGUAGAAUUCCUGACUCAGCGCCUGGUACUCUUUCUACAACUGUCUUAAUUGUGUUGUAUGUUUCUUUUAAAGUUCUACUGGAUGUCUUAAGGAAGAUACUUGAAAAGCUAUGCUAUGUCUCCAUAAAUACCAUUCAGAGUGUUGUUUAAAGGAGUGUAUUGAGUGUAGCCUUAAUUAGUGAAAGUAAUCUUCAUUUUAACCCUUUUAAAACUACACUCAGUACAAAUGGUCUUUUCCAUAAGGUGUAUGUAUGUAGCUAAAAUGUUACAGUGUCUCGGCACUGGAAAGAGCACAGCACAGCCUUAUUUGAGAGAGCCUUAGAAAACACUUCUAAAACAGGCAUUGCGCUCAUUACCUUAUGUUUAUUUUAUGCUGAUCUUUGUUCCUAUUUCUUGAGAAUCUCAUAAUUCUUUAAAAAAAAAAAUUGACAAAUGACAGGGCCUAGCUGUGUAUAAAUGAUCCUUGCUAAAUAUCUUGAGGUUUUUUGUAAAAAGUCAAACAAAAGACAAAAAGCUUAUUUUCACAUUAAAAUGGAAACGUCUUUUGCAACUUCAGAAUUCUAUGGAAAUGCAGUUUUUAAUCAUAUUUGUGUCCAUGCAUCUUUCUUAACAAGAUGGUUUACAAAAAAGAAUGUAAACAAUUUGUGAUCUGGUCAGUUAUACUUUUAGCUCCCGGAGGGAGGGUUGGUGUUACGAGCUGAGUAAAAGCCCGUGUAGGAAAAUUUGAGGGAGCAGUCUGUCGCCAGUAACAUUUCUUGUGUGUGCCAUUAAACCACCUCCAGAUGAGUUGCGGGAACACUCACUUUUUAAUUUUGAAAUUGUAUUUCGAGUUAAUUGUUGCUGUGUACUAAGAACUUGGCCUAAAUAAAAUCCUACAAAGUAUA